ACAAGUAUAUUAGAUCGUGUCAAAACACAUAUCUCAUAAUCUCAAAAAUAUGUUUCGAGAUAACGAAGACCGCACGGUCCGUAGGGCAGUGAGAGUAAGAAGAAGAAUAAAAUCCCUCAUCCGCUUGGCUUUCUUCAACGCAUACUGGCUGGAAGAGUAUGACCCUGAUGCCCUCAGCUCUUCCGUUCUCAAGAACGUGCGCGUGAUAACCACUCGGAAAAAAAUCGACAGUUUGAUCAAUCUCCAGCAGAAAGCGAUCUUGAAUAAACGUGAGGAACAUAGAACUGAAUCGGAGAGGCGUUAUCUUAGUGUAGUUCUUGGAGGCAUGAGAUGUUUCAAACGAUAUCCUGAAAAGACCAGGAGACAUCUUGCGAGGGUAGGCCAGUUCGCUUAUUAUCCACCUGGCCGGACAAUAUUGAGGGAGGGUGAUCCGCCCUUUGCAUGGUAUUACAUCCUUGCAGGAAAAGUGGGUGUGAUGCAGAUGAAACAUACUGUGGAUGGACUGAAAGUGGUAGAGGUGGAGUCCUACUACAAAGGUUACACCUUUGGGGAAUUCUCCAUGUUACACGGCACUGCAAGAAAUAGGUCAAUCGUAACAACAGCCCACUGCGAAUUCCUGACCAUAGAGAAAGAUGCCUUCAAUGCCAUCAUACGUAGAACAGUCAUGCACCACUACAACAUCAUAACUAACUACGUGAAGAAGCUUCCUUACUUUCAGUCCUUCGAUCAGAAAGAGCUGAUCGAAGCUUGCCUGGUAGCCAAGGUGAAAGAGUACGAACACGAUGAAUUGGUGCUAGGGGAUGAUGUAGGCUACCCUCACUACGCCUAUUUCGUGAUUAGAGGCAAUGUGAGAAUAAUCCAUCACCUGAUGUUCACAGUACAGUGGGACAAGGUCUUGAAGAGGAAUAGAUAUAAGCUUUACGAUCCUUUUUCCGAUCCAAAAAACGAUUACUUCGUGAAGAAACUGGACAAGACCGAUUUUGCGAUAAAAGCCUUGGAUGACGAGUUCAGCGCUAAAGAAUACCCAUGGGAAACACAUCCUCCGGCGACUGACUACUUUCAGCUAGAAAUGGUGAAGAGUUUACCCCCAGAGAUCCAUACCAGUUUCAUCAAAAUUUACACGGUGAACGAACUAGGCUGCUUCAAUAUUGGGGAGAAUUUGAGAAAUAGAUUCGUGAUAGCUGAGGCUUCUCCUUCCACCACCAUUUGUCUACUGCUUCCCAACUAUUGGUUGUACAAGAGAAAUAUUGCUUACAUAUGGUCGAGACUUGUGUCCCAUUUCAAUUUGAAGAUACCAAACGCGCAGAGGAUUUUGAAUGAGUACGUCCAGAGGAGGCAGUGGGAGGUGAAAAAAAGAAAACUGGUAAAAAAGAUUCUUACUGGAUCUCACUUGUUGAAUUCGAACACCAUGCAUAAUGUGCCUUACAGCUUGAGGAUGAAGGAGGAUUUGACGUUAUACAAGGAUGCUUAUUCAACUUUUUCGACUAUAAGAGGAGCUUGUCAUAGAUGAUAUGUUUUAUGAUUUUAAU